CAGAUUCAAGACAGUCUUUUCUCUCAGGCUGCGCAACAAGAAACAGAGCCUAUUCCUCGUGACAUAGAUAUGCCUGAACCAGAAGACAUGCUCAUCACCAUUCCGGAUUCACCUUCUCAUGCAUCCAUGAAGUCGGAUAUAGAUGAUCACAUUUCAUCACUUCGUUUGGAACAAGACAAACACCCAGAACUGAUUCCUAAAACUCGUCAUCGAAAGGAGAAGGCCAAAGCCGCAGAAUUGGAUCUAGACGACGAUGACUUUGAAAUAUCUAAAGGCGGCGGGCAAGAUUCCGAUAGUUCUUAUGUGGAAGAGACGUCUCAACGUCGUAAGAAAAAAGCACCAAGCAAAUCCAAGGGCGGCAAAACCGCCAGUAAACCACGACCCACGAUCAAGAGCAACACGAAAAACACAUUGGCAGUGUCCAAGGGGCCUAAGGAAGGUGCUGCUCAAAGAUCUCGGCCACGGAAAAAAGACACGACGCCCAGGGCAGGAUCGAAGCGCCCGAAGCCAGUCAAUAAGAAAUCUGACCAACCGGGCAAGGUUAUUCCAGAUUCCCAACAAGUUCAUGAUGAGAAACAAGCGAAGAGAGCACAGGCGGUAGCAAGGGUCCCGAAGAAAACCUUUUUUAUCGAGCCAGAGGAUGGCGAGGCUACACAAACUGCACAGGCUACCAUGACAAAAUCUAAAUCUUACCCUGAGCUAAAAUCUGGUAUAACCAUGAGCAAGAAACAGAAUGCGAAAAGCCGAAGUUAUGCACCCCCUGAUUUGCCUACAAAGAUGGAUGAUGGUUCGUGGCACCUACCAGGGUCGCCCCAGAAACAGGAUCAUAACCCAUUAUCAAAAGCCCAGCCUAAGGAAUAUAUCUCGCCCAACGCAUCUGGAGAAGCUGUAAGUCCUAAUUCUAAGAAGAAGCGGAGCCCCGUACAAUCAGGACCGCAUCAGGGGAAUAAUCAGAACACAACACGGACAUAUGGACAGAAAAUCACUCAUCGCCUAGGCGAUACUAGCAAAUAUUUCCAUGAGCAGAAAGACCAUGAAGCUCAGCGUCACGGACUGCUUAAGUCAGCGGGAACUAAACAGUCAGUGAAUCAAAACACUAGAUCCCCCAAUGAUGAUACAGAUUUCAUACAAGAUAACCCAGUGGAAGAUUUGGCUCACAACGAAGAGGAAAACAAUGAAGACAUCAGGCACAAACGCGUUCUCUCAAACAUUGUAGAGGAGCCAGCCUCAGAGGCUACAACCACAAUCCAUGUUCCCGGGCCGAGUGUCAAUACCACCCCGGUGUCUCCAGCAGAGCAUGUUCCUCCGAACCAUCCAGAGGCUGAUGCGCAAGUAAUUCCUGAGAAGGAAUUACGCCUCUCGGCACCAGUUCAGAACGAGAUUAAUAAGCAAACGAAAGAAGCAAAACCCCAGGCUCUUCUAGUAACUGAGAGUCCUGAUGGCCCAAGGGAGUCAAGUAAGAGGCGUGUUGUCCAAUUCAAAACAAACGGUGGCUCAUUGGGAAAUAUCCAGGCCGAUGACUUAGAUGAUCAUCCGAAGUCCUCAGUCCGAGAGGUUCCUUGCCGAAUAGACAUUAUAAAGGAGGAUGAGAUUGGGGCAAAUGCUGGCCCGGCUAAGCAAGCCCACUCCUUUGUUCUGGCUUCACACACUGGCUUUGGCCAAAAAGCUCAUAUGGGUGAUAGGCAGAAGGGCUCGUACAUGAUCAACAUGGAAGCUGAUCAGUCGCAUAAGGACCCAAUUUCGGCAGAGGAACACCAUUCGUACCCCGAUGAGAUUGACAUCUGCCAUCAAAGCCAUGCUACCCCUGUGAGAAUUGAUACGCGUUCGAGGAUUAAUGAGCUGGGGAGCCCUCUGAUGCAUCCAAAACGGACUGUUGCCAAUGUAGCAACGUUUGAGCCCAAUCAACUACAGCCGGUUACCUACGAAGAGCAAUCCAGACUUCCAGCAAGGGCUCAGGUACCCUUUAACUAUGACAUGUCUUUACCUUCGCAGACUGCCUCGGGUUUUGAGACACAGCCAGUUCAGGCUAGCAUUCCUCUAUUGGCUAGUCGUGUAAACCCCAAAGCUUCCAGUUUUAUGAGACCUGAGGCUCUAGACCAUCCAAAGGACUCUCAACCUAUCUCUCGAGCAGUACUCAGUCCGAGUUCAAGUGUUACGCGUCCAGUAAGACGUGCAGAGAAUAGCAUUUCUGAAGCUCCGCGACUUCAUCCGAAAUCCAUUGACUUUGCUCGUCGAGUUGCCCAAGGCCGCAAGCAGACGGAUUACAACCAAGCCGAUGAAGAGGCACACGGAAGAGACCAGCAGCUGCGCACAAAGCAACCGCUAUGGGUGAGGUCAAAUUAUGCGACGGAGCACUGGGAUGGUUCUAGACCAUCACCUUCCAGACUUGACAAUCUGGAAGAUAUUUUGGGUGGACGACCUCCAAGAGUACAUGGACGCAAACCAGAUAAACAAGCACCAAAGCCCGACUACGAGACGAAAUGGCAGGACGCAGUAGACGCAGCCUCCGGGGGCGUCAUAGAUACUCUUCAUCUUAUCUCUACGAGCCUUCUUGAACAUCUGAGAACUCAGGAGCAAAGCGUCACUGCUGUCGUUGAAGAGUAUAAACGCAAUGGUGCAAAGAUCUCGGAAAGGUUAGCCAAACGCCAAAAAGGAGAAUGGCAUCGAGCAUCAAUUACAGCUGAGCAGAAGUGUAUAGAGCUUGCGAGAGUGUAUAGGGAACUAGCUGACAAGACGCAAAACUUUCGUACCAAGUGUUUGUCUAAACAUCGUACCCAGGCGUACGCAGAAUGGCAACGACAAGCGGCGCGAAUUAAGAGCGCCGUCCGUGUUGCGAGAGAGGAGGCGACUUCGGGCUGAGGAUGAGAAUUCUGAGAAAUUUGUGCUUCUAUGGAUGUUUGAUCUUAUAAUGGUGUAAGAUUUAGGUACUCAAUAGUCUUAUUCAACUCUCAUUUCUACUACCUAUAUCGUAUCUAUGUAGGUAGUUAUAUGAAUUAGGGUUCGACGAUCUUGCCG